AUGGGCCCGAAGAAACUUUCCGCCAUCUGCAUCGUGUCCGUCGCAGUACCAGCAGCUUCCGCCCUCGCCCUCGCCGUGGACACGGGCCUGCUCCGCCGGGCGGACGCGGCCGUUUGCGGCGGCGAUUCUGCGCUUUCACAGUGCGGCAGCAAUUUCCCCAGCUCCUUCUGCUGCCCCUCGAGCACUACAUGCACCGCUCUGAACGACGACAGCGGCGCUGGCGGCGAGGCGACGUCCGUAAUAUGCUGCCCCGAGGGCCAAGACUGCAAGUUCAUCAGACCCAUCACUUGCGACAUCAACCAACAGAAUGCCACUCUGCACCCUUCGAACGCCAUCCACACGACCAACCUCACGGCCACGCUGGAGACGUGUGGCUCGGAAUGUUGCCCCCUGGGAUACAAGUGCCAGAGCGGUCUCUGCGCCAUGAUCUCGGCCAAUGACACCAGCGGAUCGUCGACCACAUCCGCUGCGCCUUCGUCCACUUCCAUUUCGACUCCGACCGGUGGAUCCGUCACGUCUGGCUUGGGCCCGGCAGAAACAUCCGCGUCGGCUACCCCGUUGAGCGAAAAGCACGGGGGAGGUUCUAACAAGGGCGCCAUCGCCGGUGGGGUCAUCGGCGGCAUCGCGCUCGGCAUCCUGCUUACUGCCCUGGGAAUCUGGCUUUGGAGGAGGCGCCAGGCAGCGGAAAAGAAUCCUCGCUACAGCGGCGACUUCGGACCCGUCUCCCGCACCGUUAGUGACCCGAUCUACAACCCUGCCCUCGGCGCUCGUACCGAGUUCCUGCGCCGUGACGCCGCUAGCCCGCCGGGCAACGCGAGCAUCGAUCACACUCUUCUCGGGUCACCCUUCUCCCCGAUGAAGGAGAUCAACAAGGCCGGCGGGCUCGGCCGUAACGGCACAAUGACCACCACGAACACGUCGCACUCCUCGGGAAGCGCAACGCCCCUCAACCCGUAUGGCUAUGCUCGUCCGAACAUCCCCAAGCGCAGCCCAAGCAAGCCGUACGGCAACCUCACGGCCGGCCCCGGCGGCGGCAUGGCUGCAACGUCCCCAAAGUCCCCUCGGAUACGCGGCCUCUUCUCGCGACCAUCAAAGUCCAACCUGAGCGAGUAUCCGGCGCCGCCUGCGCUACCAAUGGCAUCGGGCUCGGUCAGCCCUAGUGUGUACACGCCGACUCCAGCACCUCGCGGCCCGCAACGGCAACGGAGCAGCUCCACGCGCAGCCCGUCAGGGGGUCGCCAACCCAUGGGCCCGACACGCAACUUCAGCCUCGGGCCGCGUCGCUCGCAAAGCCUGUCGGCCCGCGGUGAUAUGAACCGCGAGCGUCCGCGGACAGGCUCCACGGAGACGAUCGAUGUGCUUAUGACUGGCUCGAAUCAACCGAGCGGCAUGGGCUUCCUGGCGCCACCGCCCGGCAUUCGCGUGCCUGGUGAGCGGCCUCUGACAAGCGAAACGACAUUCACGCGGCUGAUGGAAAAUGCCGGUUAUGGACGAGAGAGCCGCGACCAAAUCAAAGGAUGGGGCAACAUGGGAGUGGCCGGUCACGCUGCAGAUUCCCCACGUAAUAGGAUAUAG